AUGGACCAUGAUAUCAAAUCGGAAAAACCAACCUCGCCGUCAACCACCGACCACAUUCCACCGUCCUCCACCGGAAUCCUCCCCUUAACCAACCCUUCAACCACCACCUCCGCCACCACCCACAAAAAACUCACUCUCAUCCCACUCAUCUUCUUAAUCUACUUCGAAGUUGCCGGAGGUCCUUACGGCGAAGAACCAGCAGUUCAGGCGGCCGGCCCACUCUUCGCCAUCAUCGGAUUCCUGGUCUUCCCGUUCAUAUGGAGUAUCCCGGAAGCUCUUGUCACCGCCGAACUCUCCACCACUUUUCCCGGCAACGGUGGUUUUGUCAUAUGGGCGUAUAAAGCAUUCGGUCCCUUCUGUGGGUCCUUGAUGGGUACAUGGAAAUUUCUCACCGGUGUCAUCAACAUCGCAGCAUUUCCGAUUCUAUGCAUCGACUACAUGGAAAAACUAUUUCCGAUCUUCUCCUCCGGCUUACCUCGAACUCUAGCAAUCUUGUUUUCCACCCUCUUCCUCUCUUUCGUCAACUACACCGGUCUGAAUAUCGUCGGUAUCGCCGCCAUUACCCUCGGAGUCAUCUCUCUUCUCCCCUUCAUCCUCAUGUCACUCAUCGCCAUCCCUCAAAUCCAGCCACACAGGUGGCUAAGUUUAGGCCAAAAGGGUGUCAAAAAAGACUGGAACUUGUUCUUCAAUACCCUUUUCUGGAACUUAAACUUCUGGGACACCGUGAGUACAAUGGCCGGUGAAGUCGAAAACCCAAAAAAAGACUUUCCCCGCAGCACUCUUCUCCGCCGUGAUCUUGACUUGUUUAGCAUAUAUAAUCCCUCUCAUGGCGGUCACCGGAGCUGUUUCGGUAGACCAAAGUGA